CGGGCGGCGGGGCCGGGGCAGUGCGCUCGGGCCGCGCGGAAUGUGAGGCUCGGCGGGCCGCAGCGCGCACGGACGCUCGGACAGGCGAGGGGCGGUGACCCCUCGCGGACGCCCCGGCCGCGCACGCCGGGCCGGGCGCUCGCCCUCUCGCUCGCCCUUAGGCGCGUCCCGCGCCCUCCAGCGCGCCGGCGGGACCAUGAAGAAGUUCUCUCGAAUGCCCAAGUCGGAGGGCGGCGGCGGCGGCGGAGCGGCGGGUGGCGGGGCCGGCGGGGCCGGGGCCGGUAGCUCGUCCGUGGGGGUCCGGGUGUUCGCGGUCGGCCGCUACCAGGUCACCCUGGAGGAGUCGCUGGCCGAAGGUGGCUUCUCCACUGUUUUCCUGGUGCGGACUCAUGGUGGACACCGUUACGCAUUGAAGCGAAUGUAUGUCAAUAACACGACAGACCUCAACAUUUGUAAAAGGGAAAUUACAAUUAUGAAAGAGCUAUCUGGUCACAAAAAUAUCGUGGGUUAUUUGGACUGUGCUGUAAAUUCAGUUAGUGAUAAUGUAUGGGAAGUGCUUAUCCUAAUGGAAUAUUGUCGAGCUGGGCAGGUAGUGAAUCAGAUGAAUAAGAAGCUGCAGACUGGCUUUACGGAAGUAGAAGUGUUACAGAUAUUCUGUGAUACCUGUGAAGCUGUUGCAAGGUUGCAUCAGUGUAAGACUCCGAUAAUUCACCGGGAUCUCAAGGUAGAAAAUAUUUUGUUGAAUGAUGGUGGAAACUAUGUACUUUGUGACUUUGGCAGUGCCACAAAUAAAUUUCUUAAUCCUCAAAAAGAUGGAGUUAAUACAGUAGAAGAAGAAAUUAAAAAGUAUACAACUCUGUCAUACAGAGCCCCUGAAAUGAUCAACCUUUAUGGAGGGAAGCCUGUCACCACCAAGGCUGAUAUCUGGGCCCUGGGAUGUUUACUGUAUAAACUUUGUUUCUUCACUCUUCCUUUUGGUGAGAGCCAGGUUGCCAUCUGUGACGGCAGCUUUACCAUCCCAGACAACUCUCGUUACUCCCAUAACAUACAUUGCUUAAUAAGGUUCAUGCUUGAACCAGAUCCAGAGCGGAGACCCGAUAUAUUUCAAGUGUCAUAUUUUGCAUUUAAAUUUGCCAAAAAGGAUUGUCCAGUCUCCAACAUUAAUAAUUCUCCUAUUCCUUCAACUCUUCCUGAACCGAUGACUGCUAGUGAAGCAGCUUCUAGGAAAAGCCAAAUAAAAGCCAGAAUAACAGACACCAUUGGACCAACAGAAACCUCAAUUGCACCAAGGCAAAGACCAAAGGCCAAUUCCACUACUGCCACUCCCAGUGUGCUGAGCAUUCAGAGUUCAGCAACACCUGUUAAAGUCCCUGCUCCGGGUGAAUUCGGUAAUCACAGGCCAAAAGGACCACUGAAACCUGGAAAUGGCCCCGAGAUUUUACUGGGUCAGGGGCCCACUCAGCAGCCUCCACAGCAGCAUCGAGUCCUUCAGCAGCUACAGCAGGGAGACUGGAGACUGCAGCAGCUUCAUCUGCAGCAGCGUCAUCCUCACCAGCAGCAGCAGCUCCUUCAGGAUGCUUAUAUGCAGCAGUAUCAGCAUGCAGUGCAGCAGCAACAGAUGCUUCAGCAGCAGUUGUUAAUGCAUUCGGUGUAUCAGCCACAACCUCCUGCAUCACAGUAUCCUGCAAUGAUGCAGCAGUAUCAGCAGGCUUUCUUGCAGCAACAGAUGCUCGCUCAGCAUCAGCAGUCUCAACCACAGGCAUCACCAGAGUAUCUCACCUCCCCUCAAGAGUUCUCCCCAGCCUUAGUGUCCUACUCUUCAUCACUUCCAGCUCAGGUUGGACCCAUGAUGGACUCCUCUUAUAGUGCCAAUAGGUCAAUUGCUGGUAAAGAGGCAGUUGCAAAUAUGACAAAUCAGAAGAAUAUCAGUAACCCACCUGAUAUGUCAGGGUGGAAUCCUUUUGGAGAGGACAAUUUCUCCAAGUUAACAGAAGAGGAACUGUUGGACAGAGAAUUUGACCUUCUCAGAUCAAACAGGCUCGAGGAAAGAGCAGCCUCAGAUAAGAAUACGGAGCCACUUUCUGCUCCAUAUAACCAUCCUCCAGAGGAUCCUUUUGGUUCUGUUCCUUUCCUUUCCCACUCAGAUUCUCCUGAAAAGAAAAUUGAACAUCCCUCCAUGAAUCAAGAAAACGGCACUGCAAACCCUAUCAAGAAUACAAAAGGAAGUCCAGUCUCUAAAGACCACCGGACUGGAAAGAAAACCUCAGAGAAUUCAUUAGUACGUGCUCAAGUGCAAAAGGGGAACGACGAAUCUGAGAGUGAUUUUGAGUCCGAUCCCCCUUCUCCGAAGAGCAGCGAGGAGGAAGAGCAAGAGGAUGAGGAAGUUCUCCAGGGAGAACAAGGAGAUUUUAAUGACGAUGACACUGAACCGGAAAACAUGGGGCACAGGCCUCUGCUCAUGGAUUCUGAAGAUGAGGAAGAGGAGGAGAAGCACAGCUCCGAUUCGGACUACGAGCAGGCCAAAACAAAGUACAGCGACGCGAGCCCAGGCUACAGGGGCGCAGCCGGCGGUGGCGCGGUCCAGGGUCCCAGCGCAGCACUCCUCAUGUCCGCCCGGGUGCCCUCGGACGUGGGAGCGGGGACCCCCAGACCCGAGUUUGAUGUCUUUGGCGCUGUCCCUUUCUUCGCAGCGCGGGCUCAGCAGCCCCAACAGGGGGAGCAGAAGGACCUCUCUCCGCAGAGCCGGCUUCCCGCCGCGGGGCUCGAGCCGGAGGAAUUCGAUGUCUUCACCAAGGCGCCCUUCAGCAAGAAGGUGAUGGCGCGCGAUGCGCACGCCGCGCCCGCCGCGCCGGCUGGCCCCCCCAGCGUGGAUGUCUUUGGCUCCACGCCGUUCCAGCCCUUCCCUCCGUCCGCCAGUAAAAGCGACAGCGGCGAGGACCUUUUUGGGCUGGUGCCGUUCGAGGAGAUAACUGGGAGUCCGCAGCAGAAAGUCAAGCAGCGCAGCCUACAGAAACUGUCCUCCCGGCAGAGGCGCACCAAGCAGGACACGGCCAAGAGCAACGGGAAGCGGCACCACGGCACCCCGACUGGCGCCAAGAAGCCGACCAAGCCCGCCUUCCGCACCCCCGAGCGGGCCCGCCGGCAUAGGAGGGUGGGCCGCCGGGACUCACAGAGCAGCAACGAGUUCCUGACCAUCUCAGACUCCAAGGAGAACAUCAGCGUGGCCCUGACUGAUGGGAAGGACCGCGGGCAUGUCCUGCAAGCCGACGAGGGUCUGUUGGACCCCUUCGGGGCCAAGCCCUUCCACCCUCCGGACCUGCCUUGGCACUCCCCGCACCAGGGCCUGAGCGCCGACCACAACCCGGUCCUGCCCGGGAGGCCCCGGCCAAAUUCACUGCACGGCUCCUUCCACGGGGCAGAGGCGUUGAAAAUGGAUGAUUUUGGUGCUGUGCCCUUCACAGAACUCGUGGUGCAGAGCAUCACCUCCCAUCAGCCCCAACAGCCCCAGCCCGUCGAAUUAGACCCCUUCGGUGCUGCUCCGUUUCCUUCUAAACAGUAGAGGACUUCAGACGGACUCUUGGUAUUAACUCCUGUUUCAAAGAAAAAAGAAGUAUGAAUAGUUUUAUGAAUUUGAAAGAAAAUUUAUUUGUAUAGCUCUUUAUAUCAUUCAUUCUUACAGGUCAAUCAGAAUAGGCGAUUUUUAAAUAAACCAAAUAGAAAAAGGAAGUAUCUGCACAGGGUAGUGAUUCCACGUCUCUUCACGCAGGUGCAAAGGAAGUGAAGGUGGCAGGUUCUAACCUGGGGUUUCAGCUCCCCACCUGACCGCACAGAAAUCUAGGGAACCCGUGUGGCCCCUGAAAAGCAACCGGCAGUUGUGGCGUUAUUUUUAUAAAAACAGAAUGUCACUUGUGCGCACAUCCCAGGCUCAUUCCAGAAUCUAGCAUUUAAAACUAAGGUUACUUGUAUAUACACAAAUUGCAUUUGUGUAUUUUUUUUUAAAAAUAUCUCUUCUAAUUUCCACGAGGUCAAAAAAAAAAAAAAUCCAUUUCUCAUAAAGAAUGGGAAAGUUAUCCAGAGAGUGCAGAGAUUUUUGUCCUUACACCUUUCUCUAACAAAGAGGAGCCAGAAGUCACUGACUGUUGUGCCUAAAACUGUUUCAUUAAAAAACAAGUGCCAUUAAUAUGGACUAUUACAUAGAAGCCUAGAACAAAAACUAGAGAUAGCUAGCUGAUGGGUGGAAAAAUGGAGAGUAAAAAGGAAUGAUUAUAGAAGAGAGGAAAAGACACUCGGUAGUACUUCAGGAACACUUCAUGUUCUGAUUUUGAAUGGCUUCUAGCUAAAAACUUUUAUCAUGUCUCUAGUAAAACAGAUUAUUGGAAAAACUGGGAGUGAGGACAAGGGUCAUAGAGAAAUAGUCUAGGGAAAAAUAUGUAGCUGAAACCCUGAGUUUCUGAGACGUUUACAAUGUAAAAUCAUGUCGCAUUUAAUAAUGUGCUUUAUUAAAUAACCACCUUCACCAACUAUUCCCCAAGUCGUCUGGUGAGCAGCAGUUUUGGAGUUAGGUCUGAAGGGUGGAGUAGUUUAAUAAAGAGAACAGAAGAGUGAAUCCCACAAAGCCUUACGGGCAGGCCUUGCACAUCCUGCCGCAAGUACCUCUGCACUAAUACCCGAGAUCUGAGAGUGGCUGUAAGGUGUCAAGGUGAUGAGGGGCUAGCAUCUCAACUCUGCUAGUUAGCCGAUUAUGACUUCAGUGAAAAGAACCGAGCUACCAAAUUGCCUUUUGAUUUUUACAUCACAAAUCCUAAUUAGAAACUUGAGAUUUUAUAGAAACUGUUUAAUAAGGUAGAAAUCAUUGAUGUGAAUACAGUCUGUUUCUCCUAUGUCUCCAUUUUAAGUUAGUUAACUGUCCCUGCUUUGCAAGUGAACAUCUGGAAGUUUCUAGAACCAUUAAAGCUAUUUACAGAAAAGGGUAGAAACUCCUAUCAGCUGGCACUCUCCUUGAUUGCUGUAUUUUAAAUUAAUGCUUUGAGCCCAAUUAAAAUCUAUUUUAUCAGUAUCUUAUUAGAAUCUCAAUUAUAGUGCCCAAACUGGGAUGAGCUAUUUGCCUGUUUUCAUAGUUCUAAACUUGGAAAGAAACAAAGUAUCUGUAACUAAACCCUCUAUGUUUUCUUGCUUCUCUCUUCUAUGUUUUAAAUCAGAUACAGAUUUGUGGACAAACAGGGAAGCAAUAUGUGAAUGAUGUGUAGCAGAGACAGAUCAGUCAUGAUAGUCAUUACUGCGUAAAUGUUAGAGCCCAGCCGCACCAGUUUUACUUGUCCUUGUGCCAAAGGCAAAUGUUAUGUUUGCACCUUUUUUUUUCUCUUUCUGAUUCUCAGGUUGAUUAAUACUGCUAACGCAAAUGCUCAAGUAGAUGUUCUUUAAAACUUUACAAAGUAGAUUCAAGUGAUACUUUCUUUUCAAAGUGAAGAGUUGAUGAUUACACAGUCAAUUCAUGAACUACAGUAGGUUUGUAUCAAACAAUCUGUUAAUGAAAAUCUGUUGGUUGAUGUAUAUACAAGAUGCUUCUUUGACUAUUUUAGUCCUUAUUAGCCUUUGUCUCUGCUAGACCUCAUGAGUUUCAUAAUUUAUAAGGGGUACAGAUGAAUUAGUGUGGUCCCCUUGGGAUGUAAUAUGAAAUAUCUAGAGUCUGUCAGAUACCAAGGGCUUGCUUACACUCAUUUUCAGUACACUGAAUAAUUUUAAAUGAUUUAGACACUGACAGACACUUUGGCUUAUAAUGCUGGAUAAAUUCUAAAGAAACACUUUGACAUUGUUUAAAAUAUUGACAGUCAUAUGCUUGUUAUAUCACAAUGACUUUCCUCUUGAGAUUACAGCCGAGAGGAAACAUUUAGUAUGUAUAGGGGACCCAAAGGGAUAGAAAUGGGGAGAUUCCUUUGUGUUCAAGUGGAGGAAUUUUCUCAAGUUAUAGGAUUAGGGUCGCUUUCCAUUUCCCAUCAUGUUUUCCCACUACUGUUAAGACUGUAGGUCACUCUACACAGUUGAUGCCCAGUUAAUUCCCUUAUGAGAAUUAUGAGAAAGCUCCCAAGACGUGUGAAAGAGCUUAAUGCAUACUUGGCACACAGCACUCGGUUUGGCUCUAUUAUGGGAUGGUCCAGUUCUUAUAUAAGGAAGGAAUGCUGAAAAGAAAUCAUGUCUCUAUUAAUCAGUUGUCCUCUGUGCUUCUUUAGCAUGUAAAGUCGUCAUAACUCUAAACCUGUAAUACUUGAACAUCACAAAGGGAAGUGACAUAUUACAAAGCUAGCAAAAGUCUGAGGCCAAAGUUAUUUCUGUCCUAACAGCUUUAAUCAUGCUUCUUGGUUUUGAAUUAUCUUUUAAAAAGCGGACCAUUUGCUUAAUUAUUUUAAUGUUACCACUUCAGCAAAAUGUUAAGCGUUGAAAAGACCAGCUUCUAUGGCACUGAGGAAUGUAAGACAUUCUGCUAGGACACAAAAGUUGCUUGGUAUAUAUGUUUUAGGUGGAGGAGGAAAGGUGGUGGGCUGGGUGAAACUGACUAGAAUAUUUAUUCAGAAGUAUCCAUCAGGAAAGUGUGAUUCUUCCACUGAUGUGACCUCCGCCCUGUGUGUGUGUAUGUGUGUGUGUACUCGGGCCCAGUUAUGCCAUUAUUUGGAAUAGUAGACAAAAGCAGCUUUGGAUCCUCCCAUUUGUCGUGUGGCAGGGACAGACCGCUGUCCUCAUCUUGCUGGUGGGAAACCCUCCUCUACUGUGGUGUGCAGCAGGCAGAGCCCUUUCCUCUGUGUGUGUGUAUGUGUGUGUGUGUGUGUGUGUGUGUACUCGGGCCCAGUUAUGCCAUUAUUUGGAAUUGUAGACAGAAGCAGCUUUGGAUCCUCCCCUGUUUGUCAUGUGACAGGGACAGACCGCUGUCCUCAUCUUGCUGGUGGGAAACCCUCCUGUAUUCUGGUGUGCAGCAGGCAGAGCCCUUUCCUACUCUCUGCUUGGCUUAUUUUAGGUUGUGGUACUUCAUAUCAGCAUUGAGAGAAGGUACACGUGUAUUCGUAUCACUGGUUCUGAGGAGUUUGGGUACAUUUGUUUUAAUAUAUGUAGACUGUGCAGUAAACAUUUUCUUUUUUUUUUUUUACAGCAAAAUUACUUAUCAUUUAUCAUUUUAGGUCCAGUGUUGAGCUGACUGUGAUCUACUGUGAGAAUGAACUGACAGAUCUACUGUGAGAAUAACAUAAUGAUAGUUUAUAUAAAAACUUUUAUACACAGUGGGGUUUAUACAUUAGGGUAAAUAUAUAAACCCACGCUUGCAUGCACAUGUCACAUCUCUCUAGUGUGGAGUUAAUGUGAAUUUUUACAUUUUGAAUGGAAUUGCAACCACAAUCAUUGCUAAAAGAACAUUCACUCCUAGUGAGGGUUUACAAAAGCCACUAAAAGAAUAAGGUAGACAGAUGAAAAGGCAAAGGGCCAUCAUCUGGGGUUAUUUUUAUUUAAAAAUUUAUUGUGCUACUUCUGAAAGAGAAUUGUUUUUAUGACUAUGCUCUUUUUGUGAUUGAAAAGUCAUCUAAUAGUAAGCAGUAUAGUAAUAAUAAUAGGCUACUUUUUAAUUGCUGGCAAACAGCUUUAAGUGCACUUUCUUUGAUUACACUUCCACUUUUUGUUAAACUUGAAUUUUCUGAAGCCUUUUAUGUACCACUAAGCAAAUAAUUUUAACUUUUAAUAAACCUGAUUUUCAUCUUUAUUAUAUUUCUAAUUGUUAAGAUCAUACUUUCUAAAGUUAACUUCAAUCCUCAGAUACAGCUGGGAAACUGUUAUGAAAUAGAAUCAGUUGCUUUUUUUUCCUCCUUCCUAUAUCUAAUUAAGCACUAACUGAUUUUAGUACUAUAUUGCCUUUACAUGGCUUAUUCUUAUUGACUGAAUCCUAUCCCUCAUUCACUUUGUUUUGUUUGAAAUUUAAAGUUAUUUUCUUACUGUAUUUAUCAUACCUACUGUUUUAAUAAUCUGCUUUCUUUAAAUGCAAUAAAUCCCAAAUGGAUUGCAUAUUCUUUAUAAUCAAUGACUUUGAGUUUUUCAUUAUUUGUCGUCUUAUUAAAAAUUCUGGAUGCCAACUUCUAGUCAGUUCUUUCAUUCACAUGCAUCUAUUAUGCAUGAGCUAACGGAGGAGAAAAAUGAUUAAGGUUAGAUCUCUGGUCUAAGGAGCACCCAGUUUUGGAUUUAAGUAAGAAAAUACAUUUUGUGUUUGUACAGUAUUUGACCUAGCAUCUGUACAACCAAAACGAUCAUACAGUUUAUUCAGGGAUUACAAUAACUGAUACUUACAGUGAUGAAGAUAAGGUAAAGACGUAAGACUCUGAAGUAGCUUUUGAAUAUUUAGCAUAGUUUUUGCUUUAUAUAAAAUUUAUUUUUUAAACUCUUGAAAAACUGAUAACAUUUUUCACUGUUAAUAAGUAUUUAGUUAAAUAAAAUAACUUGAUUACAGAUGCGAGGCUUUGGCAUGUUAAACAGAAAACCUGUUUAUUGGAUUGAUGAACUAAGUUUGGUGUUGAGAUCACAAUAUUAUGUAUUAGUCCACAAACUGGAGUUUCAGAUUGGUGGCUUGUGGAAAGAUUCAACUUAUUUGUUAGAAAUGCACUUCCACCCCCCUCCCCCCCCCGAGAAACUGUAACAUUUAUCUAAGGUUAUAUGGGAAAAUAAGGGCCCUGUUUCUUUUUAAUAAAUUAAUGGUACAAAGGAGCAAAAUAUCACAUAUAAGUUAUAUAAAAUGCAUAGUGUAGACUGUGCCACUGUGCAAAUUUGGUUAUAGUUUUAACUAUAGAGAAGAAUCUAUGCUUCAGUUAGAGCUGUUUACUUUGAGCAAGCUAAUCUCGUUUUAAGAAAGUCCAACUCCAGCAUCGUAUGUAAGAUGCAGUUAAUAUUUUCCUACUAAAAGCAUGAGCUUUUGAAGUUUUCUUUGUUGCACAUUUAAAAAGACAGUUCACUUUUGCUUCAGAUUGUUGACACUACUGAAUUUACAUGUGUGCUCUGCAAUGUUUUUGAUCCUGGGUUUGCAGAGUAUAAGUAGACUUUAGUGGCUAUCAUGCCUGCCCUCUAAGGAUGGAAGUUUCACUGUUCACAGGAGACCCCCGCCCACAGUGUUACUGCUUCUUCCUGAAAAUGUUUUCUCAAAGGUAGUUUCAAGUUUGGGAUCAUUCUCUCUCCUACUCAGCAAGUAUGGUAAAGAAUUUCAGGGGAUGUUGGUACCCAAUUGCAUCUGUACCUCUUUUCAGUAUAAACAGUUACUGUGAUAAUGCACAUAAAUAAAAGACACUUCUGCCCCUC